AUGGCUACCUUCAUUGGUCUACCGCUUGAAAUGAAGCUCGACAUUUUCGGCUGUCUUCCAGCAAAGGACGUUCAAUGUGACGGCUCAUUGAAGGACUUGGCCGACAACUUCGAAACGCAUCUGCAUCACCCCUUUCUACUUCAACAUCAUCCGCUAUUCGGAGUGUGCGGCACAUUGGCGGAAAGACUUACGGAUCUCCACGCAUAUCUCUAUGGUCCUUUCGAUGUCAAAGUCGAUGAGUGGCUCUUUGCGUCCAGAGACAACUUCGUGCAGAGGGUAAACUGGGCAUAUUUCGGCGUGAGUGGCGGCUGGGCAUCGGAGAUGUACGAUAUACUGGCCUAUGCUCCGAUUCUUCAGGCCGAGUGGCGAGACCAAGAUCAGCACGUCAAGGCCUUUGAAGCCUGUCUGCCCUUGACUACGCUCAAACCCCAUCAGUUCUACCGUGGUCGUCGGGUCAUUGAAAGCUGCGCCGAAGCUCGAGAUCGCGGUAGAGGCGUCAUCGCCAUGUCAGAACUCGUUCGGGUGUUCGACGUGCCGGCUUUACCCUCAGAAGGACACUGCGCUGGAAUAGUGGCGUAUUGCGUGAAAAGCAAGUGGGCAAGAGAUUCUGUCGAGAACGGUCAGUCCCUGAAGCCAUUGGAGAAGGCUGCGGUCAUGGAGGAGAUUUUUCUGUUUUGA